CGGGGUAUUUGGUAGCCCCGGAUGCGUGCUAGCUUGUGUACAAGCACGAUGUUGUUGCAUUGUCAAUCCUUCACCCAAAUAUUUGGAUUUCUUGUGAUAGUUUGUUUCUGCCGUUAUCGUGUUAAUGGAAAUUUGUAGCUAAUGAAUGAUUAUUUUUUUAUCUUAAAGAAUUUGUUUCAUAUGCCUAUCCCGUGUGUACUCUCAUUUGAAUGAGGUGACGUUGUUGUAGUCAGGUUAUGUUCAUCAUGGUUAUUUCGUAUUUUCCCAACCGCGGCCUCUUUCCCCUCUCGGAAUGAGCUGUUUCCCGGUCUUUAACGCAUUUUCGAGAAACAGGAAAAAUGUCUGAGAACGACGAACUCAUUCUUGGCUUUUGCCAGCUUCCUGAAGUCCAGGAUAAUAACACAGGAAGUAAUGGUGAGAGUUCUUCUAGUCCUGGACAGUGUGAAGGGGAGGUGAUUACUGGCGACGUGGGUGAAUACAGCUCUGCUCUGGAUGAGGGUAUGACCAGUGAGACCAGCCAAUCUAACAAUCAUGGCAUCGAGUUCAAACCAGUAAUUCAACCGAAUGAUACUCACAAUAAUAUUGUUGAAUAUAGAACUGUAAUUGAGCAGAAUAAUACUCAAAAUAAUAUUAUUGAGUAUAAACCUGUUAUCACUCAUGGUGACGGUCAUAAUACUAUUGUGGAGUUUAAGCCUGCUGACAACCAUCAUGAGGAUUCUAGCAGUGCUGAGGCAAACAUGAACAACAGAAUUUCUUUGGUUGAAAAUCCAACAGAACCUGUAACAGUAUCAACCAACCUUGUUGAUUUCAUUAAUCAGGCAGGAGCUGAACUUACUGCUGGAACCACUCUUGAUGAUGAUGAAUGUGAAAGACCUAAGAAGCGGCGGAAAAUACUUCCAAAGGGGCAAUACCAGUGUGCUGAAUGUCGUCUUGUUUGUGAGAAUUUCGACGUUUUUCACUUUCACAUGAACUCUCACUCUGAGGUUGAGUUGUAUACUUGCCAAAAGUGCCUUUACAUGUUUCAAGACAAAGAUCUGUAUGAUGCCCAUGUGGCUGCAACAUGCAAAGCUGCUGGAAGUUCAAAAGAUAAAGAAUGUGCUGUGUGUAGAAAGACUUUUAAGUAUGACAGUCAUUUAAGGGAACACAUAAUUUGUAUGCAUAACAAGACACCAUUGUUUUCUUGCCCAAUCUGUGCUCAAAAUAUUACGUCAUGGAGGCGAUCGAUUGAUAGACAUAUGGCCAACCAUGCUAACAACAACAAGUGUCCAACAUGUGCUGUUAAAGUUGAAAGUCCAGAAGCUAUUGAUAACCACUUACUGGAAAGUGGGGAGAAUCAUUUGCGUUGUAAAGCUUGUGAUUUCAUGACCUCUGCAAGAGGAGAGUUUUUCUCUCAUGUCAAUGUUCACAUUCCAAAGGUUGAUUUCUUGGAACCAAUGGUGUGUUACAAAUGUGGGCAGAGAUUCCAGAGGACAUCAGAGUUCAACAAUCAUGUCAGGCUCUUCUGCAAAUUCCGUGACACCCCUAUGGAAAUAAAAGGGAGCCACCAUCCACCGACCCCAACUAUUCAGCUUCCCAUACCAGAAGGUAUCAGUGAAAUGCACGAUGAAAGUACUCAAGGUAUGGAAGUUGCCAAUGAUGCAUCAAAGCAGAUCAUCACUUUGCCUGAGGGCUUCAACAAUAAUUCAGUCAUACCAAUAACGCUAACAACUGGAACUGAAGAUCUCGGACACGGUUUGGGCCCAAAUACCACUGUUAUAAUAAUUCCGCAAUUAUUUAUGCAACCUGAUGGUACAGGUGUAAUAUCUACAGGGCAAGGUGAUCAAGUUAUUUACCUUGAGUGCAUGAAGCCUGAUCAGUCAGGCAUGUUACCUUUAUCCUUUGAAGUACCAACUGACAAAGGUGUACAAGAUAACCUCUACGCAAGCCAAAUCCAACAAAGUAUUGUUCAAGCAUUGCAAGCAGCUCAGCAGCCAGUUCAACAAAUUCAAGCUGUGCAGGCUGUGCAACCAGCACCAACAGUUCAAUCAAUUCAAGCCGUGCAACCACUUCAUACAAUGCAGCCUGUACAACCAAUGCAAUCAGUUCAACUUUUGGAAUCCAUGCAACCUGUCCAACAAGUUGACGAAGUGGAUGUUAAGAUAGAAGAACCUGAAACAACAGAAGAAGAUGCAGAGGAUGAGGAUGAGGAAUUGAAUGAAGAUGUGAAGCCUUCUGCUUCGUCAUUACAUGCAAAUGUGGAAUCGCCAAUGGCUGCUCAAACUGUGUUCAGCACAGGUGCAACUCCCACAACUAGUACAUCAUCAAUAGAUUCAGUAAUUCAGCAGGUUGCUGAAAAUGGUGGGCCUCCAGCAUUAGUGUGUUCAGUUUGCAAUGAAGUGCUUAAAGACUCUGAAACUUACGAAAGUCAUGUGAAACAGCAUGAUAAAGUUAAGCCUAAACCAAAACCCAAUAUUGUUGUACCGAGGAAAUGCUCAAGUGCCUUUAAGUGUGAUCAAUGUGGACAGGGUUUUGCUGCCAAGCAUCACCUGGAGCAGCAUACCAUCACAUUUCAUAGUGAUGUUGCUGGCAUUGUUUGUCCCGUGUGCCGAGUGGGAAUGGCCAGUGAAAAGACAAGUCUGAAUGAACAUUUGGCCAAAGCACACAAAUUACGUGUUGAACCUUCUGGAAAAUUAACAGAGUGUUCUGAAUGCUAAGUUUUACAGACAACAUUCACACUUUUAAAUAUCUAUCUAAUUAAUAAUCAAACAUGAUUGAAAUUUAUAUCUUUGUGUAUAUCUAUUGAUAUAGAUAUGUAUGAAUAUGUGUAUUCUUAUUUCAGUUAGUUAUCAUGGAAUUUUUAGACUUAGUUGCCUUUGAUGGGGUACAUUUUUCUUUGCUGAAUGUGUCAAGGUUGAGACUGGCAGAAAUCAGGUUGGUUGUAACACAUCCAUACAGACUUCUUUGUGUUUCUCAGCUUUCUACUACUUUGCUUGAUUAGCUAUAAUUUUGUACUUGCCACAGUGACCUCUAAUUUGCAUUUCUUUUAUUUAUUGUAAGUUGUGAAUACCAUGUUGUUUCAAUUUUUAUAAAAAAAAGAUCUGCUGAAAUGACAUGUGUUCUGAAUGGUAAAACAAGCUGAAACGGAAAUGCAGGACUGUUUCUUCGUCAAGGCAAAUUAAGAUUUUAUUUUUACAUUUUAAAACAUAGCAAUGAUUGUUUUACCUUAUCUAAGCAUACAGAUUUUGUAACUGAAGUAUAUUUAUUUCUCGACUAUUAUUCUGAUACUGAUUAGUGCCGUUAUUUUUACUUUUAGUAAUUCUUGAUUUUGAAUAUGUAUCUAAGUAAAUUUGUGUUUUUGGAAACAAAAACAAUGUCCUUAAUGUACAUUUAUGUUACACUGUUUUCAGACAAGCUAUGAAGUUGAAAUCGAGUGAUGGUUGCGGUUAUCAGGGUCUUGUUUGCUAGAACCUCAUCAAGGCUCACAAUAAGAUUUGUUAAAUUUAUUUUUGUAUGCAAUAUUCUAUCUAUAUUGAUCGGAUACUUUUAAUUUUAUCUGGCCAUGAUGUGAACUUCACUAUGUGUGUUUACUAUUUUAAGAUUUAUUGCUAUAUGCUGUACUUUACUGCCUACUUUGACUAUCUGUGAUAUGGAUGUUUGUUUUUUCCUCUCAAGUUGAACUGUUGUAAUUGUAUCUGAUUUCCACACUUACUGGUGAUACUUGAAAACUGUGCAAGCUGCAGUGUUUUUGAUAAGAUCAUUGGGUCACUUCACAUCCGGCACUUUUGUAAGUAUGUAGUAUGUUGCAUAUUUUCUUUGAGAAUAUUGAGAAGCUGAAACACAAUAAAGGAAGAAUCAUUUUGUAAUAACCAUUUAA